UGAAACUAGGCUUUUGGGCCUAUUUGUUGGAUAUUUCAACUCAAUGGGCUUACCUCUUUCUAAGAUCCGCAUGAAAACAAGAAGAAACAUGUUUACUCAGUCUCUUUCGCAGUCAUUUUCAAAAAAAAAAAACAUCCUUCGUCUUCUUCGAUUCAUCACUUUUUCUCCUUCUUCGUCUACUUCACCUCCAUUUUCCACCAAUAGGUUUUCAAUGGCGCGUAAUCGGGAGGGGUUAGUUUUGUUGCUCGAUGUAGGCCCUGCGAUGCAUAGUAUACUCCCUCAUGUUGAAAAGACAUGUUCAUUGCUACUGCAGAAGAAGUUGAUUUACAACAAGUAUGAUGAAGUUGGGAUUGUUGUCUUUGGAACUGAAGAAACCGAAAAUGAGCUUGCUAAGGACAUAGGUGGAUAUGACAAUGUUGCGGUUUUAAGAACUAUCAGAGUUGUUGAUGAAGUCGUGGUUGAUAAUGUAAAGCGUCUACCUCGAGGAACCGUAGCUGGAGACUUUCUUGAUGCUGUAAUUGUUGGCAUGGAUAUGCUCAUUAAGAUGUAUGGUGCUGCGCAAAAAGGGAAGAAACAGUUGUGUCUCAUUACGAAUGCGGCUUGUCCUACUAAAGAUCCAUUCGAAGGGACGAAAGACGAGCAAGUCAGUACCAUCGCUGUGAAAAUGGCUGCGGAAGGUAUAAAGAUGGAAAGCAUUGUUAUGAGGGCCAAUGCAAACGGUGAUGUUGAUGAGAAAAUAGUAGAGGAGAAUGAUCAUUUGUUGAAUCUAUUCUCAAGCAACGCGAUUGCGAAGACAGUGUAUGUCGAGAGUCCACUCUCACUGCUAGGUUCCUUAAAGACGCGGAGAGUUGCUCCGGUUACUCUGUUCAGGGGUGACCUUGAGAUCAACCCAACAAUGAAGAUAAAGGUGUGGGUUUAUAAAAAAGUUUCUGAGGAGAGACUUCCCACACUGAAAAUGUAUUCCGACAAGGCGCCUCCAAGUGACAACUUUGCUAAACAUGAAGUGAAAAUCGACUACGAUUACAAAGUUACUGCAGAAACUAGUGACGUUCUUGCUCCGGAAGAAAGGAUCAAGGGCUUUCGCUAUGGACCUCAUGUUAUUCCUAUAUCACCAGAGGAGAUGGAAACACUCAAGUUCAAAACUGAGAAAGGCAUGAAGCUUCUUGGAUUUGCUGAUGCGUCAAACAUACUUCGACAUUACUACAUGAAAGACGUGAACAUAGUUGUUCCUGACCCGAGCAAAGAAAAAUCAGUUAUUGCCGUCUCUGCCAUUGCGAGAGAAAUGAAGCAAACAAACAAGGUGGCAAUUGUACGUUGUGUCUGGAGAAAUGGACAAGGGAAUAUGGUUGUUGGGGUCCUGACUCCAAAUGUUUCUGAACGAGAUGACACCCCUGAUUCUUUCUACUUCAACAUGCUACCUUUCGCCGAGGAUGUCCGUGAGUUUCCGUUUCCUUCUUUCAGCAGAUUCCCUGCGUCGUGGAAGCCAGAUGAACAACAGCAAGCAGUGGCAGAUGAUUUGGUUAAGAUGCUUGACCUUACACCUUCUGAUAAAGAGGAAGUAUUAAAGCCUGAGCUUACUCCUAACCCGGUUUUGCAGCGCUUUUAUGAAUACCUUGAGUUGAAAUCAAGAUCCACGGACGCUGCUUUACCUCUAAUGGAUGAAGCUUUCAAGAAGAUUAUGGAGCAGAAUCCAGAGCUUUCUUCCAACAACAAAUCCAUAAUGGAUGCGUUUCGUGGAAGUUUUGAAGUCAAGCAGAACCCAAAGUUGAAAAAGACUUCUAAGAGAUUCUUGCGAGAUAAGCCAUCGGGUUCGGAUGAUGAAGACAAUCUCAUGAUUACUUAUAAUGCCGGUGAGAACAGAGUUGACACAGUAGGAGAUGCAAACCCAAUUCAAGAUUUCGAAGCUAUGAUAUCUCGUAGAGAUAACCAUGAUUGGAUCGAUAAAGCAAUCAGUCAGAUGAAAAACCGAAUAUUGAAGCUCGUAGAAGAUAGUACUGAUGAAGGUGAUAAGGCAUUGGAAUGUUUGUUCGCUCUACGCAAAGGCUGCGUCUUGGAACAGGAGCCAAAGCAAUUCAAUGAGUUCUUGAAUCAUCUAUACGAGUUAUGCCAAGAAAGGAAGUUGUCUCGUUUCGUCAAACAUUUCACGGCGAAGAAGAUCACGUUGAUUCCCAAAUCCGAAGCAGCAGACAGUGAUGUGGCGGACGAGGACGCUGGGGAUUUCACCUUCAAACCAGAGCCAAAGCUCGAGAGCUAACAAAACGUCUUCACUACAAUCUCCCUGUGACCGUAUUUUCCUAAACGACGCCGGUUAUUUUGUCUGACUUUUGUGCCUGUUGGCAAAUUUGUCAACCCAAUCAUACGUAAUUUCACAAAACGACCAUUUUGUAGAUUAUUCGAUGACUAAGCCAUUGAACUGGUUAUUUUCAACCCAAUUUUACUCACAAGCUUAUCAUAAAAACUCAUCAUCAUGUUCUCU